CAGAACGGGUCGAGGAAGACCGGAAGUUGCGUCUUCAGUCCUCGCCGUCUCAAAAUGCGGCUGCGGCCUUGGGCCCGGUGAGACCCGAGGGCUUUUUCCUACGUGGGCCGGUGGCGGAGCUACUCAUGGAGUGGCCGUAAGGUCUAUUAGCUGACUGCAAAUUCUUCCCUGCCAAAAUGACAUCACUUCCCAUCUCUGCCCAAUGUUCAACGUCUAAUACUGCUGCUCAGAGGAUCUCUUCAGUACAGAUUAAACAGGUACGACCUAAGUUGCCACUUUUGAGGAUUUUGCAGGCAGCAGGUGCCCAAGGUGAACGGUUCACUGUUAAAGAGGUCAUGCACCACCUCGGCCAGUAUAUAAUGGUGAAGCAGCUUUACGAUCAGCAGGAGCAGCACAUGGUAUACUGUGGUGGGGAUCCUUUGGGAGAACUGCUAGGAUGUCAGAGCUUCUCCGUGAAAGAGCCAAGCCCUCUCUAUGAUAUGUUGCAGAAGAAUCUUGUCGUUUUAGCCUCUUCUGCUGCAGAUGCUGCUCAGACUCUCGCUCUCGCACAGGAUCACAGUAUGGAUAAUCCAAGUCAAGACCAACUGAAGCAAAGUGCAGAAGGAAGUUCCAAUUCUAGGAAAAGUAUUGAAGAAGGCAACACACCCACACUGCCUACCUCACAGCACAAAUGCAGAAAUUCAAGAGAAGAUGAAGACUUGAUAGAAAAUUUAAAUACAGAAAGCGAUGAGACUUCUAGGCUGGAUCUCGGGUCUGAGGAGUGGAAUGUGUCUGGCCUGCCUUGGUGGUUUUUAGGAAACUUGAGAAACAGCUAUAAGCCUAAAAGCAGUGGCUCAACUGAUUUACAGACAAAUCAGGACGUAGGUACUGCUAUUGUUUCAGAUACCACAGAUGACUUGUGGUUUUUGAAUGAGUCAGUAUCAGAGCAGUUUGGUGUUGAGAUAAAAGUUGAAGCUGAUGGUGUUGACCAGUCAGAAGAAGUAGAUAAAGUGAGAGACAAAAAGGUGAUUGAAUUGGAGGACAAUGAUGACUUUGAUGAUUCUAAGUCCAUAAAUGAUGAUACUGAUGUAGAAGUUACCUCUGAGGAUGAGUGGCAGUGUACUGAGUGCAAGAAAUUUAAUUCUCCAAGCAAGAGGUACUGUUUCAGUUGCUGGGCCUUGAGGAAGAAUUGGUAUUCAGAUUGUUCUAAGUUAACCCACUCUCUCUCCACGUCUGAUAUCACUGCCAUAGAAGACAAGAGGGAAAAUGAAGGAAUUGAUGUCCCUGACUGCCGAAGGACCAUAUCAGCUCCAGUUGUUAGACCUAAGGAUUUAUCUCUCAAGGAUGGAAACUCCAAACUUUCUGAUCCUUGCAACUCGGUAGAAUUCUUGGACUUGGCUCAUAGUUCUGAAAGCCAAGAAACUAUAUCAAGCAUGGGAGAGCAAUCUGAUAACCUCUUUGAACAGAGGACAGACAUGGAAAACAUGGAGGAUUGUCAGAACCUGUUAAAGCCAUGCAGUCUAUGUAAGAAAAAACCACGAGAUGGGAACAUUGUUCAUGGGAAGACAGGCCACCUUAUUGCUUGUUUUCAAUGCGCCAGAAGAUUAAAGAAGUCUGGGGCUUCAUGCCCUGUUUGCAACAAAGAGAUUCAGUUGGUUAUUAAAGUUUUUAUAGCAUAGCUGAAUCAGUUGCAGAGAAAUACAUCAGUAUUGAGUGUUGAGUUCAUUUAUUUAUGUACACUUUGAACCAGCUUCCGGAUAUUUUUGCCUCUAAACUCUUGGAGUUAAAAAUGAGAUCUUCAGAACUAUUGGUUUGGGCAUUCAUUACCAUGAGGAAAUAUGUGAAUUCAUUCUCCCUUCAAAGAUGAGGAUGGAGGAGCCAAAACUAGUAAAAGCAAGCAUACGUGUUCACUUACCAAAUUACCGGAGGAGCAGUAACUUCUUUUGCUAAUUGUAGUCCCCACUUCUCUCUCUCUCACUCUCUUUUUAAAAGAUUUAUUUAUUUAUUAAUGAGAAAGGAGAGAGAAAGAACCAGACAUCACUGGUACAUGUGCUGCAGGAGAUUGAACUCAGGACCUCAUGCCUGAGAGUCCGAUGCUUUAGCCACUGCGCCACCUUCCUACUUCUCUAUGGAGUAUGUUUUUGAUGUAACCCUCCUCCUUCCAAGGUAACUUAAAAAUUAUUGAAGCUAAUGGUGCAAAGACAAAUAAUUUGACUUGUCAAGUUAUGUAAUGCUGCAGAUCACUUUAUCUUGCAGUCAGACUGCAUCAUCCUGUGUAGCCAAAAGACAUUUCUUGGGAAAAGAAACAGUUUUUCCCCUGUAUGACUGGAAUGUCAAACAUUUUUGCUAAGAUACCCCUAAAAGAAUUUUGGGGGAAAAAUAUAUAUAUCACCUUUUAUGUAUCUAAGGAAAUAUGAUAACUAGUAAACAACGAACCAUUCCCUUCUGAUGAACUGUGGGUAUUGCUGUCCCUUCAGAGUAUUCUCUUGUGCCCCUUCCGAGGCAAUCCCAGUCCCACUUCCUGAGUCUCACCUUAUAUUCAUUUUCCUUUUUGCACAUGUUUAAUUUGACAGCUAAUUUUUAAGAAAAAUAAGUGCGUAGAAAUAAUUGACUACACAACAUAUUGUAUGUGUGCUUUAAAGAAUUUCAUCAAAGCUUGGACCUGUAGAAAUAGCUAAUUAGAUUUAUAGGAAGGAAAUACCUGUCAUAAACUGUCUGUCUGUCUCAUAAAAUUAAAUAGCCAAAACAGACUUUGCUUUCAGUCAGAAAACACCUUGAUUUUAUUUUAAGUGUAUUUUUUUUGGCUCAACCUUCUCAAUUACAGCUCUAAUAUAGAAAGAUAGGGCUCAGAAUUUUUAACCGAAGUUCUUUUUACCUUAUUCUGUCUGCAUUAUCUCUUGAGAGGAAUUUCUUGUUUGUCCUUUUGUCUAAAGCCUUUAGAGAUGGUUUUUUCUUCUCUCUUUCUGAGGAAAGGGUUUAUAGUAAAAUUCUGGAUGGGUGUGAGGCCCAUUUGAAAUCAAGGAAUGUAGCAGUUGUGAAAAAAGAAAGAGAAAUGGUAUAGAUUUGAAGCAACCUCAUUGGGACACAUACAUGUUAAAUUGAAGGCCUUUCUGUUGAUUUCCUGUAUAAGAUCCCUGUCUGUUUUCCCCAUGGGAAGAAUGUUGGUGCAUGCCCCAUAGUAUAAAUGUGUUAUUAGAAGAUGGAGGCUAUAGAAUCAUCAAGUUUCAGAAUCAGUAGAUUCAACUUUGUUGUUCUCCUGUUGAUCCCUGAGAACUGGGGUAGGGAUUUCCAGUUGAACAAGUGUUUGAGGAACUGGUGCCAGCGAUUGACAAGCCAGGCUUUUGGAAACACUGCCCUAGAAGGAAGGGAACCAUGGCCCCCUUACCUCCCACCCCCCACCCCCCCAAGAACAGAAAAAGGAAACAAGUUUAUUUUAUGCAGCACAAACAUAAGUUUGAAACUAGAAUUCACUUGUAACUGAACUCUUAUUUUGCACAUGCAUCUGCAAGGUGAAUAGACAAUUCAAAGUUAUAGCUGGUAUGCUCUUAGUAUUCAAAGAAUCUAAAUCUCUUAUAGAAUCCAUGUCUUUAAGUUGUAUUUGCUUCUUUCUCACUUGUUAUUUAAGUGGUGGUGUUUGGUGCAUUUGGUAUAACUAACAACCCUAGACACAUUAGAGAAUAUGACUUGCAGCUAAAAUAGAAGUUCUGAGUGAACAGUAACGUUGAACACUUUCUCCCAAACGAGAAAGACCCAGUAAAUGUACUUUCUUUAAAAAUAUUCUUUUUUCCCUUUAGCUUUUUUUUUUUUUUUUUUGAGGAAAUAUUGGUUUGCAAGUCUGUUGUAGUCUAUCAUGCUUUCCUUAGUAACUUGAUAAACUACUCAUCCCACUGGGAGGAUAGGUAAGAGAGCAACUUGAAACCUUCUUGCCAGCAUAUUUCCUUCUUAGGAAGUGUAGCUCAAGUCUCCAGUUCUCACACACACACAUACACACACAAUUCUUUUAGGUUUUUGUUACGCUGUGGGAAAUGUUUUCAAAUGUCAUAUUUAAAUUCUUUUCCUCCCCAUUUACCAUACAGUGUAUCUUUUUCCCUCCCUUCCCCUAUUUAUUUUCAUAAAAGAGAGAAGAUAUGAGAGGAGACCAGAACAAGUGCUCAGCUCUGGCUUAUGGUGCCAGCCACUGAAUCUGGGACCUUGGAGCUUCUGGCUUUAAAGUUUAGUGCACAGCAGCUUUGCUGUAUCCCAGAACAUGAUACUGUUCUUAAUGACCUGAUAAAUUCAUAGUUGUAUAUUGCCAGUCACAUGUUUUUGCAAAUGCUAAGUUCAACAUAGGGAAGAAGGGGAAGGAGAGUUGAAGGUCAACUCACUGAUUCCUCUGUUAUAAUAAUGCAACUUUAAAGGGACUUAAAUAAGAAAAGUGAAGUAUUACUUGUAUCUGUAGAUAUUUGAUGCUGGUUUUGGUACACCCUGCUCUGAUUCCUUCUGAUUUACACAGCUUAUUUCCUUUCCCCUUUGUCCCUGUUCGUACUGUGUACUUUGCUUCAUAGAACCUAAGCCUUGCUUUGAGCUGAAUCAUUUUAUCUGAAGGAAGCCUACCUCUCUUGAUUUGUUUUUAAUUCUUUUUCAAUGCCUGUGAAGGUUGCGCCUCCCACACCCCCCACUUCUAGGCAAUGUCCCAUAGCUCUGCGGUACAAAGAUCUUCUACUCACUGCCAUUGAAGAGAGGACAUGGUUGUGAAGUCCUCACAGAAAGUAGCGAGCAGUUAAUUUCUGGACACUUAUCCCUGAUCUUUACUUGUAGUUAGAUGACCAGACACUUGAGUUUUCUUGAAUCAGUUCUCCUUUACUCCCAUUUUCCAGCACACUGUCAGCUUUGUCUUCUCUUCCUUUUCACUCUCAAAUGUCCCCGUUUGGACAAUGAGUUAUACGAGCCUCUUACAUAUAGGUAAGUCUUGCUUGAGUGGAAAUCGUGACUGUUAGGGAAGGAUCUGUUAAACUAGGUGUGAGAUUUGUGGUUGCGGCUAAUGAAGUUGUCUGACAAUUCCACCAAGUUUCUUAUCUUAGUUAUGUAUUUAAAUUAACACCUAUGUUCAUGCUAGCCUAGAAAGAAAGUUCACAGCAGAAGGGACAAAAUGUUUAGAAAAGCAGUGACUUUUUUGGUGCUAGCCACAGAUCCUGUGUCUUCGUAUAGGCGCCCUCCACUUGGCACUGUUCUUGUAGGUUUGGCAUGUUUUUGUAUUUACUGCUUAAGUCAGAGCUGAUGAAUAAAAAUCUUACACUAUUAUUCAUCUAUGGAGUCCUAGGUUCCUAUUCCGAGGCUGGAGAAAUGAACCAAGAGUCCAGUUCAAACUGCCUUGAACUUCUCUAAUAGGAGAGUGAAUCACUACCAACAAUUUGAAAUAUGCAGUUGAUUUUCAUUGUUAUUUUUGUUUAUUUAGAUGUGUGUUAAUGCUCCAUAGGGUAUAUUAUUUUGCUUUAUGAAUUUAUUUUUAAGAGUCUAAAUAUACUGUAACUUUAAAAAAUUGUCAGUUCAAUGUAUUGUUAAUGUCUUGGAAAAGUCAAUGAGAAAUUGGUGAAUGUUUAGGAGCUACUGUAGUGUUAUUAAGUGGAAUCUUAAUAAUCAUCUAUUUAGAUUCCCCCCCCCCCACAGAGAAUUACAAGAGCUUUUAGAAGUAUGUGGCUUCAGAUACUGUGAAUCUAUUUUCCAUGUAACUGAGUAUCUACUUGAAUUGCUCAGACCCAUGUUCUCAGACCCAUGCUCUGAGGAAUUCAUUUGGAUAGUUUUCUCCAUGGACAUACAGUCCAUUAUCAAGACUGCUAAUGCCUUUGCAAAACGUGGUUUUAGGUUAGGAACUAACCGUGUUUAGGAUUUGUACUUCAAAGAUAAAGUAAUGUGCAAGCUCUUUUCCUGUGCCAAAAGGAAAAUGUAUAGUGUUUACAAAUGUCUGGAAUUUUGCACUGCCUAAGUAGCCUUGAGAUUGCUUUGCUAGAAUUUCCCAGACUUGUGACUGGCAGAGUUUCAGCUUAACAUAAGAAGAGGAACAUUGAAAACCCUAACGCUAAGCUGGGGAUGAAGAGUGUGCAGUGGUUCUAAUUUGGAGAGUUUCCCCCAAAGUCUUUUGAGAUGUGCUUUCCACUGACACAGCUCGCUUUGUUUACCAUGGUUGUUUUCCUUCUAGGAGCCACCCGAUCUCUCCUAUGCAAGAAUCUUGUUCCAUAAGCAUUUUGAGAUCUUUUGAUGCCAUGAUAUGUAGUCCCCAGUAAUGCUCUUACUGGUAAAUGUGGCAUUAAGUAAACAAACUAGUACAGUAAACCUACACUUGGGUUGAGUUACAGUGCUCUUUCAACCUUCUGAAUAACUGAAAUGCCAGAGAAAGAAUUGUAUUUGGAGAAAGAAAGUCUUGACAUUUUUUUGGCAACGCAUCUGAAAUCUAAGACUGCUCCUCCUACAGAUCGUUUUCCUUCAGAAUUCUUAUAUAAUGUUUUGGAACAUAGCACAACUAGUAGACUUCAUUUCUUUUUUUUUUUUGUAUUUAUUUAUUUUCCCUUUUUUAUUGUUGUUGUAGUUAUCAUUGUAAUUGUUACUGAUAUUGUCGUUGUUAGAUAGGAAAGAGAGAAAUGGAGAGAGGAGGGGAAGACAGAGACGGAGAGAGAAAGAUAGACACCUGCAGACCUGCUUCACCGCCUGUGAAGUGACUCCCUUGCAGGUGGGGAGCCAGCUGGGGGCUCGAACCGGGAUCCUUAGGCUGGUCCCUGCGCUUAGCGCUUAACCUGCUGCGCUACCGUCUGACUCCCAGACUUCUUCAUUUCUUAGGCUAGAAGGGAACAGAAGUCCCCAAAGGGACUAAGUAGUGCUGUCAAAAAUAAUUCAUUUCUCAAAACAAUUGACCUACUUUGACAAAUGCUUUAUUGGAAACUGAUAUCGUAAUGGUUUAUCAGAGCAUUUAAUUUCUUAUCUCUAGGUAGUGGUGCCGAUUUUUUUUUUAAUUUAUUUCUUUAUUGGGGAGUUAAUGUUUUACAUUCAACAGUAAAUACAAUAGUUUGCACAUGCAUAACAUUCCUCAGUUUCCCAUUUAACAAUACAGCCCCCACUAGGUCCUUCAUCAUCCUUCAUGGCCGAUUUCUUUUUAAUAAGUACUUUGAUGUCAUACAUUUCCCCUUUUCCUCUUUUGCUGUUGCUCUUUUUGUUCACUGUUGUUGGAGUUUAUAGUCAUUUAUUUCUUGAUAAUCUUAUACCUUUCUGCAUCACUUUCUGGGUGGUUCUGGCUCUAGUAUCUUUAGAUACUAUUCCUCUUUUCCAGCCUGUCCUGGGGAGUGUUUCUGUUGUAGACUUAGUGUUAGGUAGGGGCUUUCAGCAGUAAGGGAGGGAAGUUGCGUAUCAAAACCACUAGUACAAGCAUCUUGCAGUAAAGUCUUCCUGUGUGCCUGAUGGGGAAACUCUCCUUUGUCACAGCACUAUGAAAUUAAAGUUAACUUUUUCUUAUGCUAAGGAGGACUGUACUUUUUUUUUUUCCCUUCCCCUUCAAUUUGCCUCAUUUUUAAAAUUUCCUUUUAUAAGUAUGAAAAUACCUUUUCCUCUCCUCCAUUAAAAAGUAGUAGAAACAUGGUUUAAAGGGGAAAUGGAAGUAUUCUUGCCGUCCUCAGCACUUGAAAAGUCUUAAGCAGUCUUUUACUAGGACUUUCUCCUGAGAGUCUACAGCUAGGAACUAUUAAGGACCUCCUUGGAUAGAGAUAGGGAAUGACAUAAUGAUCUCUUGAGUCCCAGUCUCAACUUUCUUAAGCCUGCAUUUUCCCCAUUUAUAAGAGGAAAAUUCAUUACCCUUUCUACCUCAUCAUCAGGUGUGGGAAUCAAGUAUGGGAGAACAACUCAGAAGCCUGAUUUACAAGUUAGACUCUCGACAGACUGGGCUCUGGGGUGUGUUCAGAAUACCUCACGUCUUGGUAUUCUGCUUCUGUUCCUUACCCACACCUCCAUGGCAGAUCUCCGUUCCUUUGAUUCAAAGCUGUCAACUAGAUAACAGUUCUGCCUUUAAGGUUGAUCAUAAUGAGUAUGAUUUUGAGUAGCAGAUAUAUCUGCUUUCUGGGCUCAUAUAAAAAGUUCUCUUUCUGCUACACCUUAUAUUAGUGGGUGCCAUAAAAUGCACUGCCAGUGAGUGAUCAGAGAGUAUCCCAAACAGCCUGUCAGCUGACAAGCAUUGUAGUAGCAACUGUGGUCUCAAAGUAGGAAGAAAAAGACAAUUUGAAUGAACUUAUGGAUUAGUGGCCGGCUCACUGGAUGCAGAAAGGAGACAUUUUCACCUCUUCUUGUUUAGUCUUUAUAAGCACCUCAAAACCCAUCUCUGUAUAUUUUUUGGUGUUUGCACUAUGUAAUGCUUUUUUCCCCUGUUGAAUCUGUUGUGCUUUUUGGUGAAUUAAAUAUUUUUUAUUCUGC